AUGAUGCUAUGUGUCGUCGAGAUAUUUUUCUUUGUUAAUUUCAUUUUAUUCCAAUCAGUCGGUUGUUCUUGGCCUUGGUCGCAAUCAUCAUCCGAUCUCACAUUGCAAAAGCUCAGGAUAACUUCAAAUUUGCCUGAAUAUACGAGGAUGUCCGAAGAUUGUUUAACAGUGAAUGUGUUCACAAAUGCGAAUUGUUUGCGCAACGGUGGAUGUGCUGUUGUAUACAUGAUACACGGCGGUGAAUACAAUUUCGAUUCACCGAUGCUGUUUCCGAUAGAUUUUUUGGUCGACAAUUUCACACCCGAAAAUCGAUCGGUGAUUUUUGUGUCUGUCACGUAUCGACUUGGAUCAUUCGGCUUCUUGAAUAUCAGUCCAAAACUGAAAUCAUCGGCCAUAAAAAACGUUGGACUCCUCGAUAUGAUUGAGGGAUUGCGAUGGGUUCAGAAGGAGAUAUCGAAUUUAGGUGGUGACCCGAAACGAGUUACAUUGAUGGGACACAGUAGUGGUGCCGUUAAUGCUCAACAGCUGACCGUAUCACCGUUGACGAAAGGAUUAUUCCAUCAGGCAAUUAUAAUGAGCGGAUCACUAGGAAUCCCCAUACCACCGAGUGAGUGGAUAUCAGCACAAAUGUUUCUAAGAAAUUUCAGGUAA